AUGCAGGCUGGGCUGCGGGUGCUGUGCACCGGUGGAGGUGCUUCUCUCUGCUGCCUGCUCCUGCUGGGGCUCAUUUACACACACCUCCUUAAAGAAGGUCAGUUGGCGGUGGGCACGUGUGAGAUUGUGAUGUUAAACAGAGACAGCAGUCAGCCCAAGCGCACCAUCGCCAGACAGACGGCCCGCUGUGCCUGUCGGAGAGGCCAGAUCGCAGGCACCACACGGGCAAGACCAGCAUGUGUGGACGCGCGGAUAGUGAAAAGCAGGCAGUGGUGUGAGAUGACCCCGUGUUCAGAGGGAGAAAUCUGCGGCCUCCUGUUCAAUCACUCCGGCUGGACCUGCACCAAGGGAGGAGGACGAAUAAAAACCAUCACGCCACUGCCCAAGGAGCCAUCUUAAAGGAUAUCAGCCGAGAGGAGGUCUAUUGACAUUGACGUAAGCAUCGCUGAUUCGCAGAAGACAUUCAUCAGACCAGCACAUCUUAUCCAUCCUCGCAUCCCG